AUGGGGAUAAAUAGUUAUUUUAUGAAAUAUAUUAAGGUGACGUAUAUCACUAGAAGAAGAAGUGAAAUGAAAAAAACGAUAGAAAAUUUAAAGAAUAACAUUUACACAUACAAUACAUAUAGUUGUAAGAAUAUAAUUUAUCAUAUGAAAGAUGUGGAAGGAUCAAAUAUUAAUAAUAAUGAUUAUAGUGUAAAAAUUGAUGAAAACAUUGAACAUUUAUUAAAAUUUAUUAAUCCAUUAAAUAUAUGUAAUAAAAAAGAUAAUGAUGAGAAAAUAACAUCUCUUUAUAAUAUGAAUAAAAAUAAUUUAGAUAUAAAAGAAGAUGAAAAUUUAUUGUCAAAAAAUGAUAUGUACAUUUUAAAAUAUAAAAUUAAUCAUAUUGUUGGAAAAAGAGGAAAAAGAGAACAGUAUAGAUAUACUUAUUUAAAAUCACCAUUUAAAUAUAAAUAUGCAUUAAGACAUUAUGUUUUUGAAAAAUAUAAAUAUCAUUUUUAUUUCUAUAAUAUAACACAUUUUAAUAUACAUAUAAUAUUUAAUAUUAUUUUAUCAUCUAUGACAAGUAACACAUCUGUUAAAUGUAAUAUAAAUUGGUUCUUUCCAGGUAAACAUUUAUUUGAUUCAGAUUUUUUAAGAAAAUGCUUUCACAUACUCAUUGAAAAGAGUCUGAACAACAAGAAGUUGGAAAAUUACAAUGAAAUAAAAAAAAUUAUAGAAUAUAUUCAAGAUGAUGAUAAUAAUAAUCGUGAAAAUAAUCAACAUAUUAACAAUAAAGAUGAGGAUUCUAAAUUGAUUACUUCUCACGAUAUCAACUUAGAUCUUACAAAGUAUAACAUACAAAAUAUACUACCACUUUUUUUUGAAAAUAAGUUAUUCAGUGAAAAUUAUAAAAACUUAUUUUUACACGAAGAAAAAAGUUUUAAAAAUAUUAAAUCAAAAAUGAGAAAAAAAAAUCUACAUUGGUUUAUAAAUAAAAAUACAAAUAUAUAA